AUGGUUGACCCAGGCGCCGAAGAGGCACCCAUUCAUCCGGUCUCACGGUUUUCGACUUCGACCUCCUUCGGAAUGUCCAACGCUUCCCAAAUCCACCCGCCCGUCGUGCCAAUGCCGCGCUGGUCAAACGCAAUUGGCUGCGCGAGGGCCGUGACCGCGAUUUUGGUCCUGGCCUUUACUGCCGCAAGCACUGGUAUUUGGGGCGGGUUCCCUGUUUUUGGUAUUGCCUUGUUCACGGCAUCAGCAACGUUGAUCGUCUUUGCGUACUAUUUCGUUGCCCUUUCUCGCCAGCCAGCGCUCUACAACCGCUGGGCCAUACUCACCCUCGAGAUCUGUGGCACGAUCCUGUGGUUGGUCAGCUUUACACUGUUGGCGAGGUGGACAAGCUUCCACCAUCGUUUCUGGUUCGGCAGCGGACAGAGUUAUGGGUUCUGGCACGCUCCCUUCAAGCCUUCAGACAUGGGACUUAGUGCAAGGACCAUUGUCAAGAGAGAAUCCAGCAGCAGACGCGCAGGCGUGGCCCUCGCAGGCACUGCUGCUGGGCUGGGCGGUCUUGAAUUCAUUCUCUUUUGCGUUACCCUGGUUGUUUUCGGGAUGGCUCUCCACCGACAGAGAGUGGCGGAGGCCGGUCAAGCUGGAAACACAACUGCGCCGGCUACAGCCCCAGUUACUGCAAUGACACCUGCAACAGAGGAGGAAAAGGUGGGAGACUCAGAGGAGACACUCGACAAGCCAGAGCCGGUUGUUGUUUGA